AUGUUAAUUGAAAUUGAACAUUGGUCUGGUGCUGGAAAUCGUUUUGUUAUAGUAGACAAUAGACAAAUAUCAAUAAAUAGUCAGUGGAAUAUUCUAGUCAACAGUCUGUGUAAACGAAAAAAUCUACCAGAUGCUGAGGGUCUCCUUGUUUUACUUGAAAUAAAUAAAAAUAAUUCAACUUGUAAGUAUGACUUCUAUAAUCCUGAUGGUUCAACAGGAAUAAUGUGUGGAAAUGGAGCUCGAUGUGCUGUUCGACAUGCAAAUUUAGCAGAUAAUGUUCAUUUACAUGACAUUGAAUUAAUAUUAAAUGGCUGUUCAUAUAGAGCAAAACUUUUUGAUAAUGAUCGUGUUGCUUUAGAAUUACCUUUAUACGAAGAAUUACGUUUUAUUGAUUCUUGGAUAUAUGUUAAUGUUGGAAGUCAUCAUAUAGUUAUAGAUGCUCGUUCUAUAAUUCAAUCAAUUGAUGAAUUCCGUCAAUUUGAUAUCAUCAAAUUUGCAAAUGAGAAUUUAAAUUCUUAUCGGGAAAAGACUAAAAUUCCUAAUUUAAAUUUAAAUCUUGCGUAUCUCGAUGAUAUUGAUCAAUCUAUGAUUUAUUUACGAACAUAUGAAAAUGGUGUUUAUGAUGAAACACAAGCAUGUGGAACAGGUGCUGUUAGUACCGCUGUUGGCUUUUGGAAAAAAAAUAUUAUUAAAAAUACAAUUAUUCAUUUGAUGCCAAAAAGUCAACGAUUAUUAACUGUUCAUUUAAAGCUUGAUCAUAACCAAGAAAGCAUUUUAGAAAUGAUUUUAGAAGGUGAUGCGAGACAAGAUGCACCUGUAACUCAAUUUGAUAUUAAAUCAAUGAAAUAUCAAUAA